AUGGCGACAAUACAGGUCGUCUUCUGGUUAAUGCUGGUACUCACUGUUCUAUCCGGCAUUUCCCAUGGGGCUGCUCCUGACAAGAAUAACCUCUUUGCGUUGUUGAAGAAGUUAGAUGCAGAAUUAUCCAGACGUGAGGUUGAUGAUUACAAACCAUGGCUGACCAUUCCACCUGAAAAUAAUAACGGGAAUACAGAUGAAAUCCUCAGCCACAACGAUAAGCUGCGGCUCAACUUGGAAGGUGAAAACCAGGAAGACAGGGACUUACACUCCCACAUCAAACAUGCUUUUUUCUCUCUUCCUUUGUCAAUGAAGAAGGAUGAUGACGAAGAACGGGAAAAGAGGAAAUACUUGUAUCCAAAAGGAUCAUCGAAUCUUUGGCCACAGGGGAUUAUUUUGUACAGGUUUGCCACGGAUCAGAGAAGAUUCGACAACCAAGAAAGCUAUGAUGUCGUCAAGGCAGCCAUGCGGUGGUACGAAGAGAACAGCUGUAUAAAAUGGCGAGAGGCGACCUCGCAGAUGGAAAAUUUCGUGGAGAUUGGAAAAGGCGUCGGUUGCAGCGCCAACAUUGGGAGAAGCGUGCAGAAGAGCAUCAUGACAUUGGAAGAACCUAGAUGUCUCACGUUCACGACUGUUUUGCACGAAAUGGGCCAUUGUUUGGGCUUCCAUCACGAACACGUCCGUAGUGACCGUGACAAGUACGUUGAUGUGAUUUACAGCCGACUUCAGGAGAAACCCGGGGGUACCAACUGGGGCAAGUCGAAUACCAUAAACUACGCCCCCUACGACCUGGGAUCCACUAUGCACUACAGCCUAUACGCGGGCUCUUUAGAACAAGGGAAGAUGGCAAUCAUCCCAAAGAACAUGGAGUUAGACUUCUUGGCUACAACACACAGACCCUCCACCAUGUCUUUCUACGAUCUCUUCUCUAUCAACUACGCAUACGAAUGUGCAGAAAAAUGUAACCCCGAACCAGCCUGCCGAAAUGGAGGGUUCAAGAACCAUAAAUGCCAAUGCGUUUGUCCAGAGACGUUGACCGGAGAUCUUUGUGAAGCUGUCGAAACCGACACAACAUGUGGCGGAAUUAUAAACCUUGCAAUGGACGAAGAGGUGAAGAUAUUCUCACCCAAUUCCCCUGCUAACUACAAUGUCGGGGCAAACUGUGGCUGGUUAAUAAAGGGUCCGGAAUUGUCGGUGAUAUCAAUGGACAUGAUCACAUUUGAUAUUCCACCUCAACGAGGCUUCAACUACUACACUGGAGAGUACGAGGACGUAUGUACCCAUCACCUCGAGGUUCGCUACAAUCUGAUUGGUCAGCCGGGACCAAUGUAUUGCGGAAAGAACUGGCAGCGUGGUCCGAUCGAGGCCACCACUGACGGAGAACCCAGCCGGAUGUUAGUUCGCUUUAACUCUACAGGCAGAACGUCCACCGGGGCUGGCUUCCGGGGAGUCAUUAAAGCUACCCCUGUGGGAUGUCGGUCAGACCCCUGUCAAAAUGGCGGCUCUUGUACUGACAAGAAGACGGGUCCAAGCUGUAGAUGCCCAAGAGGAUUUGCUGGUGACUUCUGUGAAUUGCUAGGUUCAGCCACAAUUUUCUGUGACUUUGACAACCAAAUUAACUGCUUUUUCACCACCGAUACGGCCGCCCCUCAGAAAUGGCAGUUCAACUCCGGUGGAACGCCAUCCCCCGGUACUGGUCCCACGGCAGGAUUCGGUGGGGCUGGUAUGUACGCUUACAUGGAGGGUAGCUUCAUUCCAACCGGUGACUACGCCAGAUUGAUGUCAUCACUUCUGAAACCUGGGGCACGUUGUGUUGAUUUUUACUACCACAUGUACGGCGCUGACGUAGGGCAGCUCUUGGUUAAAGUGCUUGAAGACGGACUAGAGAGAGUGGAGCUCCGCCUAGCGGGGGAUCAAGGCAACGCCUGGUUCAACAGGCAGCUGAUGGUGGACGCUCAGAAGCCAUACAGGAUUAUCUUUGAAGCCAUCCGGGGAUCAGAUUUCCAGUCGGAUAUUGCACUAGAUAACAUCCAGAUUGAUCUGAGGAGAUGUGGAGAGCCGCUGACCACACCACCACCAACAAAUCCGCCAACGACCAGACAACCAACAAAUUCGCCAACGACCAGACAACCAACAAAUCCGCCAACAACCAGACAACCAACAAAUCCGCCAACAACCAGACCACCAACAAAUCCGCCAACAACCAGACCACCAACAAAUCCGCCAACAACCAGACGCCCAACAAUUCCGCCAACAACUGCUCCCCUCAGAGCUUGUGACUCCUCGCCAUGCUUGAACAAAGGUAGAUGUCGUCAAAAUAACAGUCCGAAAGGAUACACUUGCAAAUGUCGAAGAAAAUACACCGGUCAAAGAUGUGAACUAAUAGGUACUGGGAAUUAUUUCUGUUACUUCGGGCAGACAGCUAAAUGCCCUUUCACCAUUGAUCAAACAAGCCCAAUAAAAUGGCAGAAAAGAAAGGGUCCCACAAGGACAGCACGUACUGGGCCUUCAAGUGGGAUGGGAGGGAAAGGACCAUACCUGUACAUUAACGCUGCUGGAAAAUCCCCAGGACAAACGGCGGCAUUCACCUCAGCUCUGCUGGAUGCAUCGCCCAGAUGUCUCAAGUUUUGUUACCAUAUGUACGGCGCCACCAUGGGCGCGCUGCAGGUCAAGUUCGUUCAAGGUAUAUACGAAGCAGUCGUGUUCUCUGCGUCUGGUAAUCAAGGCAACUGGUGGCGAACGAUGAAAAUGACGAUCAACAGUAACAUCCCUUACAAGAUAAAGAUUGUUGCGAUUCGGGGAGCAGGUCAACAGUCAGACAUUGCCAUCGACAGUCUUAAGUUAACCUACGGGCGAUGUGCAAAUGUCCCUCGCUCAACCAUGAUUAAACGUGCCCUUACAGCAACCAAUAUGCAGCCCCCUACGAACGGACGCAUUAUUGACCAAGUCACUUGUACUUUCGAUGAGAAAACGCUUUGCAAGUUUUCUCAGGUGAAUAUGGACGACGAAGACUGGACGCUGAAGCAUGGCCCCUCCCCAGGCCAGGGAACCGGGCCUCUCGGGGACCACACGGGCAAAGGUUAUUACCUCAGUCUGCAAGCCUCUGAUUCUCAGGCCAGUGGACAGAAAGGCACCAUCGUCAGCGACAUCUUACCGUUCGGAACUGACACGACUUUGUGUCUGUCCUUCUGGCACCACAUAGAGGGCGCCACUCCGGCCAAGCUUGCCGUGAAAAAAGUGUGGCAACAAGAGUUCGUCACGGAAGAUUCUCUCCUGUGGCUCUCCGAUGGAUCGUCGUCCACACGAUGGAGACAGGUCAAGGUCACUCUGGAGCCAUCCGCUGACUUCCGGUUAAUCUUUGAGGGAACAUUGGGAGAGCAACAAAAUGGCAUAGGCCUUGAUGACGUCAGCAUUCGAAGGGGUCCCUGUAGAUCAGACUAAAAAACGUAACCAAUCUACUUAAAGGUAAAGCGAAUCUUUGAAGAGUAUUGAACAUUGG